UUGAACAACCACCAACUGUGGAACAACCGCCAACUGUGGAACAAGGCACCAACUGUUGAACAACCACCAACUGUGGAACAACCACCAACUGUAGAACAACCACCAACUGUGGAACAACCACCAACUGUGGAACAACCACCAACUGUUGAACAACCGCCAACUGUGAAUCAACCACCAACUGUGGAACAACCACCAACUGUUCAACAACCACCAACUGUUGAACAACCACCAACUGUAGAACAACCACCAACUGUGGAACAACCACCAACUGUAGAACAACCACCAACUGUUGAACAACCACCAACUGUUGAACAACCACCAACUGUGGAUCAACCGCCAACUGUUGAACACCCACCAACUGUGGAACAACCACCAACUGUAGAACAACCACCAACUGUUGAACAACCACCAACUGUUGAACAACCACCAACUGUGGAUCAACCACCAACUGUUGAACAACCAUCAACUGUUGAACAACCACCAACUGUUGAACUACCACCAACUGUGGAACAACCGCCAACUGUGGAACAACCACCAGCUGUUGAACAUCCACCAACUGUUAAACAACCACCAACUGUUGAACAACUACCAACUGCAACUGUUGAACAACCGCCAACUGUGGAACAACCACCAACUGUUGAACAACCACCAACUGUUGAACUACCACCAACUGUGGAACAACCACCAACUGUUGAACAACCAUCAACUGUGGAACAACUACCAACUGUGGAACAACCACCAACUGUUGAACAACCACCAACUGUGGAAAAUAUAGAAAGCUCUACAGUAACAGAUAUGUGUGGUGAAAAUGGAAGCGUAGAACCCCUGUUAAACUUUGAUAGAAUGAAUACAAAUAAUAAUGAAAUUAAUCUAAACCAACCUGAACAAUCAGAUAGUGGUAAUUGUUUGAGCAGUAAUGCUUUUGCCUUGUUUGAUUCUACAGUUACUACGUCACCCUUGUCUGUUAUGUCUCCGAUAGGUAAUGUUAUAGAAGAAAAUAGUGAAAGUUCUUCCAUUAAUCAAGUUGAUUUGUUAGGCCUGGAUUGUACAAACAAAAGCAACUGUACGGACCCAAUGAGGUGUAACAAAUUUGAUCAAAACGUGUUUGCUUCAACAGAUUUGAAUGGGUUGUGUGAACAUGAAAGGUUAAUGCUUGUGAAACAACCUUUUCAUGAAGGCACAUUAGAUUGCUAUAAGGAAGAGAAUGCCCCAACUGUGGGUUUCAACCAGAGUGAUACUCAAGUCAUUUUCUCUCUUCAAAAUUCUUUUAACAUCAGCGACACAUUUGAACUGUUUACUGAAAGUACUGAUAAGAUAGAACCUCUGUUUAAAAAUAAAACAGAUAUGGGACAGACUGUGAUAUCGGCAGCUAUUAAUGAUCAACCAGAAGAGAAUACUGACUGUGCAAACAAUGAUGUCAUCGAUUCAAUGUAUAGUAUGUUAGCACUGGUUAACAAUAAAAUCGGUAUAGAUCAAACUGAGGGUGGCAAAGCAGAUUCCAAUAUACCCCCAGAACCAAAUAUUGUUACAAAUGUCAUAAAUAUGGAGAAUUUAGGAAAAAUUGAAACAGGAAAAGCAGAAGAUUGUGAUAAUAAUGAAGUAACCAAAAGUGCAGAAGAAUCUGUAAUUAAUGUGCAUGAUGAAAAAGUUGGUGAUAUAUCUCAGCCAUAUCCAGUUGCACCACGCAGGAAAAAAGCACCAGUUGCACCAAAGCGCAACAAAAAAGUAAAAUCGAAUAAACUGAUAGAAAAAUCUUCUGAUCAAGGUUCUAUUGGGGAACAUGAAACAGAGAUUUCACCCAUCAUUACAAACGCAGACUCAUUGGCGAAGGAUCUACUCAGUGGUGAGGUAUCGCCUAAAUCGUUGCCAACUGAUCAACUGGUAAGCCCAGACCAUGAUUUGUCUAUGUGCAUUAUAGAACCUGUUCUAACUCCUGAGCCCGCAUUCUCCCAGAAUUUCCUAAGUGAUAGUUGUACAGCUACAGAUGAUACAGCUUGUACUACCUUUAAAGUGAGUCAGGAUUCUGCUGUUGUUAUGCAAACUAUGGGGGAUAAUACUGUGCAAGAAAACGAAAACAGUCUGGUUUUUAAGAAAGAAACAAUAGUCACUGAUAAUUCAACAACUGAUAAUAUACUGAGUACUGAUAUUGGUGUUUCUACCCAAAUAGCUGGAAUAUCAUAUACACCAAAUGUCGAACUAUUGGAAGUAGGAAGUUCAUUGCCAAAUGGGGAAUCUCAAGUGUUACAAGUGUUUUCAAAAAAACAUGAAAAAGUACCUGAAACUUUCGACAGUGUAGAGAUAAACUGCAAUGCAGCAAACCUGCAAGAAUCGGAGUAUAAAACAAUACAUACUGACACAACUAAUGAUUCGCCAACAGGUAAUGAGACAACCAGCUGCGCUGAUGAUUUAUUUCCUGUCAUAUUACCAGAAAUUACUUUAGUAAAUGAAACAAGCAACCAGAUAGUGUGCAAAAGCCAAUUGGUAGAUACAACCAAUUUAACUGUUGAAGAUUUAAGCAUUAAUGAUGAUUUAAAUCCUAUAAAGUCGGUAGAUAGUCAUAUAGAACCACUGACUGCAGACAAAACUCUAAACGUACCUGAUAUUCCCCUGAACUUUGAAACUACAAAUCAAGUUGGCACUAAUGAGUUGAACCAGAUUAAGGGAGACUUGGAAUCUGAGAAAGGUUCACUAUCUGAUGAGUGUGUAUCCAGUUUAUAUAAUUCAGAUCAUAUGGAUGUUUCUGAUGACGAUUUUGAAGAACAAAAACAAUAUGACAACGUCAGCCAAGUGUCUCUUGAGUUUGACGACAACCCGUUCGCUUUUUCUUCAAACAACUUGACCUUGGAUGCUCAAAGCACAAUGUCCCACAUAACAGAUUUGAACUUGCAAGCCAAAAGAGAGUUCAACUCGCACCAGUCGAACACAUUUAGCACAGUAUUCAUGUCAGAUGAGGACUUUGCUGAUAACAGUGUGUCAAUGGAAAAUAAAACGCCUAAAGUGAAGCAGAUGACACCCAUAGGGGUUGGAACACCCCCCACAUUUUCUGUUCGGUCUCACGAGUUACUGCGUCGCAUUUUACCAAACUUUGGUGAAACUGGAAGCAACUUUCAGGAACAAUUUCUUGCCGCCACUGACACAGAUUGGGAGGAAAUACAAAACGUGAAGCCCGCAGUUCAGAUGCUGCCGGUUAUUGAGGAAGUUUCUGAGCCGGAAGAUUCUAGCUCAGAUGACAGUGCAACCUCAAUGGAAUACGAGAUAAACGAGUCAGAAGAAAGUGGUGAGCAGGAAGAGGAUACUGUUUCUUCUCUACAGUCACGCCCUGACAACCUUCCUUCUGUAACUAUCACAUUAGCAGAUGAAACAAAAACUGAGAGAAUUCAAGAUUUAAAUAAAACUGUUACAGAAAAUGCAGAUGUUUCUUUCUCUUCAAGUAACGGUGAAGUUAGGUUAAAUCAAUGUGAACAACAUGACUUAUUAAAAGAAAUAGAAAAGUUUGGUAAUUGUACUGAGGAAAAUUUUUUUGUUGACCAAUCGUCCAAUCACCAACCUGAUAUGUUUGCCAAGGAGGUUGAACAUAUUGAUCAAAUAAUUAUAUCAGAUGAUGCUGAAAGUACAAUUAAUCAAAGUAAAAGUGUCGAUGUAAUGGAAACGGAUGAUCAAUUAAUUAAUAAUACCAACAAACUUUUGAGUUUACCAAGCAGUGUAGGAGAAGAAAAUAAAGAUGAAUUGUUGGAAAACUUGGACAAUACUAACAUCCCAUCUGUUAUCCCACAAAGUGACAGUAACACAAGCACUAUAACAAGUGUAGCAGAAAAAUUGUUCGAUACUGAAACGGACAUGGAUUUGAUUGACAGUCAAGAUGGGGUAAUUUGUUUAAGUGAGACAUCGGAUGAAAUUGCAACUUCACAAGUGCCAACUGAGAACGGUUCUUUUGACAAAGAAGAUUUUGUAAAACAACAACAGGAACAAUCAAACAAGCCAAAUGUACAAGGUGAAACAGUACAUAGUUGUAAAAGUGACUUCAGUGAUUUGGCUAUAUUACAAACAUUGGAUCAUGAACAAGUAGGUGGUGAUAAUGUGACAGACAACAACAAAGUAUUGAAUGAGUUGAACAAUGUCUCUCAAUUCGAAAAUGAAGAAGUUAUAGGAGAUGCAAUUGCCUCACCUGACAAAUUAAAAUCUAGUGAAAUCAGUUUAAACAAGGAUAUGUUUGUACGAUCAGUUGAAAAAGAACCUGUUAAUCAAUCAGAAAUUUGUGCAAAAUCAACUGAACAGAGUGAACACUAUAAUGAUGUUGCAGUGAAUGGCGGUUCAUUAGAAUCUAACACUGCAGACCCAGUGUUUUUAACUAACGAUGAAACCAAUUUGACCAGAAACCCAGGUCUGGUGAUGGAAAAUGAACAUAAUAAAGCAUUGGUUUUGUUUGAAGCACAAGCUGCAGAAAAUGAUUCUGACACCACUGAACAUUGUUUAGACUCUACAAGUUUAAAUGAAGAUAGUGAGAAUUACAUAAGUGAUUUGUUAGUUUCAACUGAUCAACAAUCUUCCACUAGUACAUCUUUAACACCAUCGGUUUCCAAAACUGAUUUACUGGUUGAUGCGAACAUAAGAACUGAAGAAAAGAAAAUAACGGAGAAAAAUCUGACAAAACAAGUUACACCUUCUGGUGAAGUUAAGUUAUUCGUUGAAGUUCAAACUUUGCAUGAAGAAAGUGAAGAGAAAACGGUUGUUUCGGAAAGUGGUGAAUUCACAACUUCAGUUGCACAGAAGUUGGACUCUCAUCUAGACAUGCUAGAUGACUCAUUGGAUGACACAUCAAUCACGGAAGUACAUGACAGCAGUCAUGUUACAAAUGAACCAAAAGAGACUGGUUCAAUUAAACUAGAAUUGGAGAACAAGGAAAAGCUGGAAUUGGAGAACAAAGAAACUUAUUUGGAUCUAUUGGGUCCUGUAGCUUUACAUCAGUCAGAAACUGCUUGUAAUAAUGACGAGAAUUUAAAAAGCAGUGCAUCUUUUACUGGUGACUUGUUAACAACCUCUGUUUCUCAACCAACUGAAGACCCAACAUGGAGUGAUGCACCACUUAUACAAACUGUAGAUCAACAUGUAGCUGCAGAGUUGAGGGAUGAUACAUCUUCACUGAUGAAGACUGAUUCCUUUAACAAAGAAGAAGACAUACAUAGUCAUGAGCAGGUUGAAAAAGAAUUACAUUCUGUGGUUUCUAAACUAAGCGAUGAAGGUUUGAUUGGGAUGGUGGCUGAACCAGUUCAAUACACAGUACAGGAGUUAAAAGAUGAAUCAAAUUAUACAGAGCCGUUUAUGAAGAAACUAGUAUUUGAUGAACCUUCAGUGCAUGAUUAUGAACAAGUAUCUAACAGUGUAAAGAAACGCACUCGAUAUGAUACAACAGGUAGCAUCGAGUUUUUGACAGACUCUGAAGAUGAGGAUGCUGAUUUAAAAACUCCUAACACACCUGGUGAAGGAGUUUUAAUAAAUUUUGGUGAAGAAGAAACACAUGACCCAUUAAGCUUGCCAAUAGAGUUGGCAGAACUUCCUGAACCAGUUUUAAAUGCCAAGCGAAAGUCACUUGUUCCACCCUCAUCAUUGAUUCUUUCUGUUGCAAUUAAUGAAAUUAAGGUUCAAACAACAUUAACAGAAACACCUGUUUCAGAUUCAGUUACUGUGACUGAUUCCUUUGUUGAUAUUCCAGUUGAUGAUUUUCCAGAUAAGCCGGAAAGAAAUAUUGCAUCUGAUGAAAGCAAAGGCACAGCACCAGAGAACAAAGGUGAAUCUCCUGGCAACCACGAUGAUGUUUGUAUCAUGGAAGUCAUUCCUCCAGCUCAUCUGGCUGAUUCAAUCAAAUGGGAAACUAUUGUGAUUGGUGAAAAAGAACUUAAGAUUGAUGGUUCUUCAAUACAACCUUACAAACGAGCAAUUUCCCAUGGAGGUUUCUAUAAGGAUAAAAGCACGAUAGUGGAAAUCAUAGGGACAUAUCUUCCAGAAAACACAGUUGCCAACUAUGCUUGGGUUAUUGACAACUUAUUUCUCUACUUCCUAUCCACUGUUGAGAUGUUGGUACAGGGAAAUGAGUAUGUUGUUGUGUUCUUCAACAACUCAGUUGCAAAAUCCUUUUAUCCUAGCACAGCAUGGCUUCGAAAAUCUCAUCAACAACUUUCUCACAGACUGAGAAAAAAUAUCAAGGGUUUUUAUGUUGUGCAACCCUCGUUUUAUUUCAAAACGCUAAUAAACUUCACUAGAAUGUUUAUAAGCCGUAAAGCUUUCAAAAAGUUAAGACACAUCAAAGGCAUGGACGAGCUUAAAAAGUACAUUCCAAUUGAUUUUCUUUACAUUCCAAACUCGCGGAAUCCUUUUGAAUCCAUAAGACCCAAGAGAAAAAAGAUAAGCCCAGGGUGGAGACAAUGGUGGUGGAACUGAUGAAGGCACCAGCUGUGAGACAUACACUGCUGUUCCAAUUUUAUUUUUUCAUAAGCUGCCUUAAUCAAUAUAGGAAUUAUUAUUAUAUUCUUAACACAUUGUUAUUAGUUUUUUUUUGUAAUAUUAACCUGUUUAAAGCUCACCCUUUAUGAUUUACAUUGGUGUAGUUGCAAUCUAUAUUAAAACAACUUUAUAAUAGUCAAAAUAUUUAAACCCAAGCCUUACAUUUUGAUUAGUGUUCGCUCAUAUUGACCGUUCAUGAUAAAUGAUUAUGAAUCAAUUGUUUAUACACUCAUCUUGCAAUUUUGGAGAUCACUGUGUUCCAAUGAUUUAUCUGCUGUAUUUCAAAUACAUCAAUUUAUUUUAUACCUACAGUUUCUAAUGUGCAAUAUUUUGAUUUAAAUUGAAUACAUGACAUAAUCUGUUGUGUUUUGUGAAAAAUUGGAUGUUUUUUUAUUAAUAUUUUAGGUUGGACUAAAGGCAAAUGUCAUUAUAUUUAUUUGCACCAGGUUAUUUUGUUUUGAGAUAUCAGAAAAAACAACGCCAGCCUAUUUGCGACACGUCACAUUUGCGGAUCUACUGAAAUAGUAAAACGGAUAUGUGUCAACGAUAGGAACUUUCCAAACGUUAUAAGCGAGCACUUAUAUUCAGUCAAAUAUGACGUAAAAAAAACAAGUUUAUCUAAGAAUAAUUUUAAACAAAAUUACAAAACUUUUGCAGUGUUUAGUUUACUACAAACAUGUUAAAUUUGUCCAGUUUCUACGAUUGCAUCCUUUCGCUUAUAGGCUUUAUUCUACUGCAUGAAAGAUGCAUAUGGCGGUAUUGGGAUAACGAUUUCGCGUGUGAACACUGUAGCUUGGUUUGGUUUCUAUAACACAAAUAGCGCAAUGGAAGAAGACAAGCCCGUCAAAAUCGAAAAAUGGGAUCAGAAUGCCGUUCGUAUUGCAAUGGAUGAUGCAGCGAAAAAAGCAGUAUUAGGUAAAGGAUAUGAAGAGAACUUUCACCUGGUUGACUCAAGAUUGAUGAUAUGUACUAUUGCUAUUCUCUUUGCUUUAUUCGCCUUGCUGUGGGAUUAUCUGCAUCCGUUCCCUGCCUCAAAGACUGUGCUAAUAAUUUGUGUGGCGUCGUACUUCUUGCUGAUGGGAGUGUUAACUCUUCAUGCCAACUUUAAAGAAAAGAAUAUUUUCCUUGUCGCUCACCAGAAAGACCCAGUGGGAACGGAACCAGAUAUUGUGUGGACAGUUGCAUCUUCUAUGCUGAAGUAUGACAAGAACUACACUAUCACCAUUACUGUUACAAAUAAUAAUGAAACAAAAAGUGCAUCAAUUACCAAAUGUGUUGGAGAGGUUUUUGAUGAGAAUGGUGUGCUUCUUUAUGACAAAUAUGCUCCAAUGAUCCUAGGUCUCCAUGAUUCAAUCGAUGGCAGUAAAAAGAAGAAAUAAGACUGCUGGGAUAUUGCAUGUUAUGCUAAAAAAUUACCAUAAAUGCUGUUUGUUGUAAAACCUUUUAAAUCAAUGCUGCGGCUAUUUUAUCAUCGUGGCAAAACAGUGCAAUGGCAACAGAACUUUGCAGUUUUUCAUUUUAGUGAAAAGUUCUGAAUGUGUGUUUCUAGGAAUAUAGAACCAAAAAAAAAAUUUUCGGUGUUUGUUUUGUAAGGAAUACAGAAACUGCUAUUUG